UUUAGCCGCAGCAAGGCGAUUCAACUUUUGUAAUCCCAGUAUAGGUACCUAAAUUUAUAUUUUUGAUAAAAUAUCCAUAAAAUAUCAGUUGAAGCAAGAAAUUUCGAGUGUGCAAUAAAGUGUUGAAUAUAUCGUAAAUGUAGUCGUGCUGGAUAUUUUUUUUUACGUAAAUUAUUAGAGUGUAACCUUCAUUAUGGAAGGUAUUGGCGAUACAAAUGUGAUAGAAUUGGACGAACCACCGAAAUGGGGCCUUAAACUCGCUCUUGAUCAUGAAUUUCCUCUCCAUACAAAACAACUUAUAAUACCAAGACCAAAUCAAAUUCUUGAUUUGAUGCCACUUACUGCCAGAUAUGUAAAAUAUUACUGUGCUCGAAGAAUGCAGAAAAAACGACCCAUCAUGAACUACUUUCACAUGGUAUCAGCACAAAGAAUGUAUGGUUGCCCAAUAGGUGGUAUAGGUGGUGGUACCAUCGGCAGAGGCUUUAAGGGAGAAUUCUGUAGGUUCCAAUUGUACCCUGGCCUUUAUGAGUAUGUAACUGUACCGGAAUGUCAAUUUAUUGUUAACAUUAGAAAUGAAAAGAAUGAAACCAUUUUCCAGUCAGUUUUAUCGACUUAUGAUAAGCCAAAAAAAGCUCCCUCUACAUGGGAAUGGAACCUGAAGGGAUCGGAUUGUGAAUAUACAGCUUUAUAUCCUAGAGCAUGGACAACUUAUGAUCUCACAAAAUAUGGUGUUAAAUUGGUCUGUCGUCAAAUAUCACCUGUUAUUCCUCACAAUUAUAAGGACUCCAGUUUACCCUGUGCAGUUUUUGUAUUUUCUGCUAAAAACGUCAGUAAUGAACGUCGAACAGUUAAUAUUACUUUUACUUGGACAGAGGUUCUUGCUGGUCCAAAUAAACGUAAAAAUUCAGCGAAGUUGGAUUUGGAGAGGUAUUCCGAAGAUAAUACGUGCGGAGUGACUUUGGAACAAAAAAUUUGCGAUACACCAAUCACCUUCACGAUAGCUAAAAAUAAAAAAGACAAUGAAACAAUACACGAAGGGUAUUGCUUGUGGAAUUCGACAAAGGGCUCCAAUUACGUAUGGGAUUGUAUUAAAAACAAUGGCAAGUUACAACCGGAUCCCAGUCAAACGCCUACACCGCCUAAAACAACUGACAAGGAUCCCAAAAAGGAUGAUAAGGAGAAACCAAAGAAGAUUUAUAAAAAUGACUCUGUGGGACUUUCAAACACAAUGACGUUGGAUCCCGGUGGGUGCGGCCUUUCUGAGUUCUGCCUUGUAUGGGAUAUGCCCACAAUUAAAUACAAGAAAGAUAGGAAAAUACAUAGAAGAUAUUAUACAAAGUAUUUUGGUAGCGACGGCAUAGCCGGUGCGAGCAUAGCUGCGUACGCGCUUAGGAAUUAUAGAAAUUGGGAGAAGCAACUCGCAGAGUGGCAAGACCCUAUAUUAAAUAACAGCAAUAUACCUGACUGGUUAAAAAGUGCCUUAAUGAAUGAGCUUUAUUUCGUGGCCGAUGGUGGGACUAUUUGGUUCGAUGUUAGCGAGGAAUACCCUGAGACUGACCCUAGACGUGAUUUUGGCGUGUUCGGAUAUUUAGAAGGACACGAAUAUAGAAUGUAUAAUACAUACGAUGUACAUUUUUACGCUUCGUUUGCCUUAGCACAAUUAUGGCCUAAUUUACAAGUAGUCUUACAAUAUAUGUACCGGGACGCGAUAGUUUUAGAAACAACGCAACAGAGACAGUCUCUGUAUAAUGGGAAAUAUGUGAAAUUUAAGAUUAAGGAAUCAAUUCCGCACGAUCUAGGAGAUCCAGAGGAUAUACCAUUUACCCAUAUAAACGCAUACAACAUACACGACGUAUCCGAAUGGCGUGAUCUCAACCUCAAAUUCAUUCUUCAAGUGAUGCGAGAUUAUAGACUACUCAGAGCUCAUAGUGCGCCUUUUCCAAGUGAAAGAUACCAAUCUAUGGCCUUCAUUGAUGAUGUCAGAGAGGGCACUGAAGACGAUCUAUAUACAAGAUCCACAGAACAACCGGAGGAAAAAUCCCCGGAUGUAUCCGUAGACUUAUCCACGGAUCCUUUGCCCGCGCCAAAUAAAGAAGAAAUGCCGGAUAUACUUGACCUCCUUUAUAGAAGUUCUGAAGUAGUCCCCGAAUGUCAUGAAAUAGUGGAACCAAGGGAAACGGCUACUACGUGGAAUUCUAAGCAAUAUUUGUCGGACAUGUACCCAUCCUGUGCGGCUUUGUUGCGCAAAGCCCACUUAUGGGACAAAGAUGGCGACGGUCUCAUCGAAAAUGGCGGAUUUCCCGAUCAAACUUACGAUGCGUGGGUCAUGUCGGGGCCUAGUGCAUAUUGCGGUGGUCUAUGGGUAGCAUCAGUAAGCGUAGUUCGCGCCAUGGCGCAUAUCCUUGGAUUCGAGGAAGAUGAGAGAGAGUUCUCGAAGCUUCUAGAACAAGCAAAAACAUCAAUGACUGAUAAACUGUGGAAUGGCAAUUAUUACUUGUUUGAUACUAAAGCAUCGAACAAAAAUGUCGUAAUGGCUGAUCAGUUAGCUGGUCAAUGGUUCCUCCGUGCAUCCGACUGGACGGACGAAGUAUUCCCCGAUGCAAAUGUAAAGAAAGCUCUACAGACUAUCUACGAUAAUAACGUCCAAAAGUUUCUCAAUGGCCGAUGUGGUGCUGUCAACGGAUACGUGGUAGGGGCCAGAGGACAUAUUGAUACUACCGCGUUACAGAGUGAAGAAGUGUGGACCGGAGUCACGUAUGGGCUGGCGGCGCUUAUGAUUUAUGAAGGCAUGCACGAACAGGCGUUCGCAACAGCGGGCGGGUUACACAACACGCUCACCAAAAUGGGUUUAUCCUUCGAAACCCCCGAAGCAUUAUAUGAGAAUGGAAACCACAGAUCCAUUGCGUACAUGCGACCAUUGUCCAUAUGGUCGAUGUACCAGGCGAUCAUAGCUAGACCACCUCCUAGAGUGAAUGUGCCUAAUGGACAUGUACACGAAACGGCUAAAUCGCGGUUAUAGUGAAUGCUGUUGAAGUGGAGCGGGUGAUGAAGGAUCCUUUUUAAAUGAAAGUUUUGAGUAAAACUUCGUCAAAUUAUUUUAUUUAUUUAUUUAUUUAUAACACUUUACUAUGCUAGUUAUACAAAUAACAUAAAACUAAAACUUAUAGCUAAACUAGCACAGAGGGCGGCCUUAUCACUAAAGAGUGAUCUCUUCCACGUCAAAUUACUGACGUAUCUAUCGAAAAUUUGGACUAAAUUCAGCCUAACGGCUUAUAGACUUGAAAAUAUGACGCGUGUUGACAUUUUUAUAAUUUUUUUAACCAAUAUGAAAAAAAAUCUAGGCUACUAAGAAUCACGUCUUUUCUUACCAUCUAAAGACACGUUUCAAUUCUUUCAGUAUUUUAAAUAUGGAUUCACUUCAUCACCCGAUAUACGGAAUAAGUAUACUUACAGUAUUUUUGAAAGUGCAAUAUUAUUUUUACACUCGAAGUGAAUGUUACCUGUGUGUCAAAUAAAAUAUUGUUCACUUA